AUGGAGGAAAUCGAUCAAGAUAUAAAAUCACCAUUGGUAACUUACGGAUCUAAAGAAAACUAUGAGGAAGAGGAGAGCUACAAUGAUGGAAAAACACUGUUCAGCGGAUCAUUGAGGUCAGAUAGCACCUCAAAUAUCGAAACACCAAACACAACUCUGUCAAAACGCAAGAAUGAAAUAUCUUUAAUUUCACUAUAUGCAGAGUGUGAAAGAAUACUGAAUGUAUUCAAAGCAAAUGGUGUUAUUGAUAUCGAUGAACCAUGGGUACUACAAAAUGAUACUCUGCGAACGGCUUUCGUUCAAAUCGAUAAGAUGUACAAAUCCGUUAAGAUACCACUAGGUGAGGUAUUUGCACGCACGGUGCAACAAUUAAUAAUGCUACCACGCAUAUUACGAAGCGAAGAGACUCUGUCGAAAUGUCCCAAUCGCGUCGCGGAUGCAGCCGCCCAGCAUAGCGUAGCUGCCAAUACUUUUAAAGAAGAUCUUGUAAAUUGGGAAAGUAUUAAGCUGCAACGGAACAUAGCAGGAUUAAAGGUGCUAUUCCAAUUCCCAAGUAUGGGAAAAGCGCAAAUACAGAUGCUAGCGAAACUCAUACAUGCACUCAAAAACUCAGAACAUGUUGUUUUGGAAUCUCCUACAGGUACAGGUAAAACUGCCGCCAUACUGUCGGGACUAUUGUCAUGGAUGUAUCAAGAACAAGUACAGGAGGGACCCGUUGCUACAGGAAACCAACCCGAAGAUAGGUUACCACGUAAAGAUACAGAGGGUGCAUCAACAACUGUGAAAACAUCGGAACAGGGUUCGGCAGCAAAGAAUACAGGAAAACCUAAGAUUAUAUAUCUCACAAGAACCCAUGUACAAAUUAAACAGGUCAUGCAGGCCAUCGCAAAAAGCGGUUUUAAGCCUAGAAGCUGCAGCAUAGCUUCGAGGUUACAGCUUUGCACGUAUAAAUCUUGCAAGGGCGCAACGAUUUCUGAAGAUAGUGAAACUGGUACCGAGUCGGAUGAUCCGAAAAACAGAAUCGUGGAACAUUGUAGACAACUGGUAGGGAAUACCGAUAAGAUAAGAUCGAAAACAUCAGCAAUUUAUGGUACAUGCUCAGGAAGAAAGAUAUAUGCAAAAGCAAGUAAAAACGAACCUGUUUGCCCAUAUUAUGUUAAUAUGGGAUGCAAGAACUAUGCCAUUAGUACCGCAAUUAGGGUAUUACAAAACGAUAAAGGUACGUGGGACAUUGAAGAUCUCAUAAAUUUUGGCUCGAAAUCCAGUGACGGUGCAACUUCCAUAGGUUGUGGAUGCGAUGAUUACGUUGAAGUGAAGCCUAAGAAAGUCAAAGAAAUGGAUAUCACAAGGUACCUAACACCAAGGAGGAAACAUGGUGGGCAGAGGCUACCAGGUAUUUGCCCAUACUACACGUCUAAAGCUGUAGCGCAGGUGUCUGAUUUUAUUGUUUGCCCAUAUCCCUACAUCAUUGACCCUCAUAGCGUAGUCAAGGGUAAAUCCAUUCCAAGCCAUGUUGCCACAAUACUUUUCUCUGACAGAAGGUUCGAUGAUGUGAAGUUGGAAAUAAUGGAGGUGAUCAAUGAAAAAACUAACAUAAAUGGAACUGCUAGUAAUGCUAUGUUUGGCAAUCUUGAGAACGCCGUACUAAUUUUCGAUGAGGGGCAUAAUGUAGAACGAUCAUGUGUCGAAGAGGCUUCUUGGGACAUUAGUUUUGAUUUGAUGAAAAGGAUACUUACGUGGAUGAGGUCGAUGAGAUCUAAGGUUAAAGCUAUAGAGACUGCAGAGACUAAUGAAUCCAACGAUAAUGCGACCACUGGUAAACUCAAUACACAUAUUACGAAACCACUGGCGCGUAUUAUCAAUUUCUUGCAAAGUCUCACUGCAGGAUUGAACGCAUUUGUCAAAUGUGCGGAGAGGAGGCAGCAGCCAGCUAAAGACAAUUUUUCUGGAGAACGAGUAUUCCACAGCUGGGACAGAUAUGACCAAUUUAAGGACCCACUAGGUGGAUCAAGCGAAUUCAUAGAAGAGUUCAGUCUCGAUAUCGCACAAGUAUACAUUAUAUAUUGUAGUAUCAUGCAGAUAAGGACGCACACGAGGGCAUUAGUGCGCAACGGGAUUCCAUUCUACGAGGAAUACAUGUUCCACUUGGAGAACCUACUUGCAAUUAUGGUAAUGUUAUGCCAUAGGCCAGAUUGCUACAGUGUACUUGUUCUAGUCACUGGUCCAAAAGCAUAUACACUGGGUAUUUGGCUUAUGAACCCAGCUGCAAUGUUUGACGAGCUGGCUUCCGAAGCAAAAAGCAUCGUCAUUGCCUCGGGUACACUUGCACCUAUACCGGCGAUGGUCGAUAGUUUGGGUGAGACGUUCAAGAGAAGGCUCAAGGACAAUAUACUAUCUGCGUCACAAACUCUGAACCAAGAUCAGCUCGCAAUAUACACACUCAGUCAUGUGGCUAAAUCACGAAAUGCCGAUGAUGUCAUCGAAUGUAAUUUCAAGAACCUUAAAAACAAUGCUUUUCUUAUACGUUUAGGUAAAAUAAUCGCCAGCUUACUAGAGGUGAUGCCAGGAGGCACGCUCAUAUUUUUCCCAAACCGAUCUGCAAUGAUAUCAUGCCUGGAGCUGUGGAAAGAAACACCUUACUCGGAAAAUUCGGCAGAUGGUAAAAGCACAAGUAUACUAGAACAUAUCAUGAUGCUUAAGGAUAUGAAUUUUUAUCAAGAGCCUGCGGAGGCGGCCGAGUUUGCUAAAUUGUUAAAAGAACUGCAGGAACGGCAAAAGUUCGUGGUUUUUGCAGUUUUUAGAAGUCACUGUUCAGAGGGACUUAACCUCAAAUUGUCUUCUCUUAUACUUGUGGGACUACCGUUUCCUUGUAUUGUUGCCCCGAAGGUCGAUAUUGCUAGGAGGUAUAAUAAAGCCUACGGUGUAAAGUACAACUGGUAUCUUCGGGAAACGUAUCGUGCAGUUAACCAAUCAAUCGGUAGAUGUAUACGCACCAAGCAUGACAAGGGUGUGAUUGUACUUUUGGAUAGGAGAUAUAAUCAGGCAAAGGAAUACUUCUCAUCAUGGAUACAUCCAUAUAACCGUGUUCAAAAUACAGUCGAAACUGUCAAACACGAUAUACGUACAAACUUCAAGUUCUAA